UUUAGAGAACGGCUGGGGCGGGGCUAAUGUCUGGGAUUUGGACUAAGACCUGGGUCUGGAGAGGAACCAGGGAUGGUUAGGACUGAGGGCUGGGCCUGUAGGGUUAAGACCGGAGAUAAAGAGGAGGUUCGAGGGUUCAAGGUGGGACAAAGAGGGGUCUCGGAGGAGUCGGUAGGCCCCGGAUGAAGAACGCGGCUGACGCUUAGGGACGAAGACCUGGGCUGAGCCAUGUGGGUCAGGACGACACUAACGAGGAAAAGAUGGACUGAGGAAAAGACUGAGUGCGGGGAGGACUGGCGUGAGAGCGAGCGCCUCGAUAUAAGCAGGUUACCCAGCUGGGAGAGAGGACAACCGCUGGCUGGUGUGGCAUCCAGCACUGAUGUGUCUACCUACUCCUCUGAAGGUGAAUGCAAGGAGACUGACAGCUGCUGCUGGAAACACAAGCAGUGCACUGGGCACAUCAUCUACCCCUUCACCCCUGACUAUGGCCACAGCGUGCACCUACACUCUGCCAGCCACUGUGACUGUGAUUCUAGGCUGAAGAACUGCUCAGAGAAGACAAAUAGCAGCAGCUCCCGAGACAUGGGCCCAACCUGCUCCCGAGAUGUGGGCCCAACCUGCUUCAACAUCAUACAGUCCCCUUGCCUUGAGCUCAUCCCAGAGGAAGCGUGCAUGGAGAGGAUCUGGUAUGGCUGGUGCAAAAGAUACAGGCCUAUCUCCGUGGCAGUGAUCCACCAUCCCCUCCACCACAAGUGUGGGGCAGAUGACCCAAAUGAAGAGGAGGAGGAGGAGGAGGAGGAGGAGGAAGAAAGCAAGCCUCCUAUCCCCACCCAGGUGGGGCCCACCACCACACCACACACUGAGCCAGCCAAUAGCAUGGUCAACAGUGUCCCUGACUCAGCAGCUCCCAUCACCAUUUGGCGCUCUGAGAGCCCCAUGGGUAAGAACCAGGUCAGCAAGGUGAUCAAGAAGGUAAAGAAGACAAAGGAAAAAGAGAAAGACAAGGAGGAGGAGAUGGAUGAGAAGGCAAAGCUGAAGAAAAAAGUCAAGAAAGGCAAGUUGACUAAGAAGAAAAGUCCAGUUAAACCGGUGUCUUCACCGCCAAACUUGAGCCGAUCAGCAAGUCCAAGAGAGAUGGCCAGGAUGUCAGAGUCCAGCCCAGAAAGCCGGGAAGAGCUGGAGAGUGAGGACAGUUACAAUGACCAGCGGCAGGAGGAACCCUCCAGUGAGGAUAUUAUGGAAACUUCACUGUCCAGGAAGAGAGAGAACAAUGUCCAGGCCAAGAAGACUGGGGUGAAGACCUCACAAGCCAAAAAGGUGAACAAGAGAAAAUCUCCCCCAGUAUCAAACCCCAAUCUCAGCUGAGGCCAGGGCAUUCAGGGUGAAAAAUAAAUGCGAUCAAGCCUGUAGCUGACUCCCUGCUGCUGUUCUCUUCCCCCUCCGACUGGGCUACUUCUUGUGGGUAGAGGAUGGGCUCUGGGCCUAGCUGGAGCCAAGGGGCUAGGGGAUGCAGGGAUAUCCAAAGGGCAAUCCAGCUUUCAAGGAUGAAGCCCAUAAGAAGGUAGGUGAGAGGGAAGGAGAGGAACACAGCCCCACAAUGGGUCUGUUUCUUUGUAACAUUCUAGGACUAGGGCAAGAAUCCAUCUGGGUUGGGGUGGGAGAGAGGGAGUCCCCUGUCCUGGGAGACUGGUCUGUGUGAAAUCCAUUUCCGGGAUAGGCAGUACUGUCUGCAGUGAUACCCC